UGCAGUCGUCAAGUUGACAGCCAAGCUACGACGACAGAAAUCAGCAAGCAGCGUAGCGAAAAAAGAAAGGAAAAAAGCCACCCAAAAGUGAAACUGUAAAUAAGUGCCUCCGGAGGAAAAUCCUUUCACAGAUUUAUUGAGUUAUACAAUCGUGUCGUGGGACGGUAUUGUGUUCAAUUGACGCGUCAGUUCCGGAACUUCGAUAAGAGCGUUGAAUUUGGACGUUAGGGCGAACGAUUUCUUCGCCAUUUCCCAUCAGAAAAAUGGCAAGCUCUUCAAGGGAUCACCACCUGAAUAAGGUGUGUUGCUAUGCACAUCCGGAUGCUCCGUUGAUAGAGGAUUACCGGGCAGGAGAUAUGAUCUGUUCGGAGUGCGGUUUGGUGGUCGGGGAUCGGGUUAUCGACGUUGGUUCAGAGUGGCGAACAUUCAGCAACGAAAAGGCCGGCGUCGAUCCGUCUCGUGUGGGUGGUCCGGAAAACCCGCUGCUCAGCGGAGGCGAUUUGUCCACAAUGAUCGGCCCCGGAACAGGACCCGCCUCGUUCGAUGCGUUUGGAACCGCCAAAUACCAAAAUCGCCGCACAAUGAGCAGUUCGGAUCGGGCCCUCAUAGCGGCCUUCAAGGAAAUCAGCACAAUGGCCGACCGAAUCAACUUGCCGAAAACGAUCGUCGAUCGGGCCAACAAUCUCUUCAAACAGGUCCACGAUGGCAAGAAUCUGAAAGGGCGCUCGAACGAUGCGAAAGCCUCGGCCUGUUUGUACAUCGCCUGCCGGCAGGAGGGAGUACCCCGUACCUUCAAGGAAAUCUGUGCCGUUAGCAAAAUCAGCAAAAAGGAGAUCGGUCGGUGCUUCAAGCUGACCCUCAAAGCGCUGGCCACAUCCGUCGAUCUCAUCACGACUGCCGACUUCAUGUCCCGUUUCUGCGCGAAUCUUGAUUUGCCCAACACGGUUCAGCGAGCAGCGACACACAUCGCCCGGAAGGCGGUCGAAAUGGACAUCGUACCUGGACGAUCACCGAUUUCGGUGGCCGCGGCAGCAAUCUACAUGGCCUCGCAGGCCUCCGACCAGAAGAAGACCCACAAAGAGAUCGGCGACAUUGCCGGUGUGGCCGACGUAACGAUCCGGCAAUCUUACCGGCUAAUGCAUCCCCACGCGGCCGAACUGUUCCCAGAGGACUUCAAGUUCACCACACCCAUCGAUCAGUUGCCACAAAUGUAAGAGCUCUCGAAUUAUUUAUCCGAGGGGAGAACCACACGAAAGAUGGUGGCUCAAUCGAUACCGAUGGCAUCAUAUAAAUGAUAGUUACUUUUGCGAGUUGAAAACUUGGUUGAGUUUUCCAACAAUCGCUUCAUGUGGACCUGAUAAAAGCCACAAUCGUCGCUUCUUAGGUUUAAUUUAACCUUUUUCCCUUUAGUUAAUUUUCCUUUUCUUAAUUAUCUGAGAAAUGUUGUUUUCUUUUAUCCAACGAAAGUAUGCAACUUGAUUGGAUUAAUUUUAUGUGCCACUUGAACUUAGUUAGGCACUUUUGUUUAGAAGGAACUAGCAGAUGCACUGGUGCAUUGAAUACACUUGUUUCGGAAAAUAUAAUCGAGAAGCAUUAAAUUUGCACUCUGAUCAAUUUAGUUAUCGAAUAUCAUUCUCACGAUUCUUUGGUUAAUUAUAUAACUCGUGCUCUGCAUUAGAGCAAAUUUUGAAGAUGUGAAUUUUGACUUGCAUUCAGUAAUCCAACAGGACUUUGACAUGACCGCUAUUGAUUGUAGAUUAGACACCGUUCUAGAUAGAAUAUUGGAGUUUUCGGAGAAUUUUAACAGCUGCAAAACUAGCGCGCUGAAAAUUAUCAUAACCUUUAAAACUCUAUCUACGGCAGUGUUGAAUCUACAAUUUGCACUAUUUCUCACACACAGACGCGACUGAUAGUGGAACAUCUUCACGUGUGAAUGACGAGACGCAAAACUGUACGAGACGUGACAAGUGUAAAUUUCUCAAGAAAAAGAAUCAAAGUUGAGUGCCAGCGUGCAGCUUAUCAGGGCGUAAUAUCGAUAAUAAUCACCUAAAUCGCAUACCUAUCUCUGUCGAAAACAUGGAUGUAGUAGCAUUUCGAUCCCUAAGAAACGAAACAAACAUUAAAGUUUACAGUUCAAUUCAACUUUGUAAAACAACAAGACGCAUAACAGUUUUGGAUAACGUUUUGUAGAUACCUACAGUGCUUAGUGACACAGAUUCCAAGUGACGUGAGAGAAAGAAAACGUUUUAAUAGAAUUCAACUCGAUUAUUUAAGUAUACCCAGCAAACAUGAAUGAGUAGUAGUACACAGGAGAAAACAGAUUGAAGAAAACUAUAUGAUAGUUUAAUGAUAAUCUAAUCUAACUGAUAAUAAAUGACUACAUAUAUGAUUUGAAA